UGGUGAGACUGUACGACAAGCCUCCGCAAGGGGAAUUCUACAUGGGCCGGGAGAUGACCGUGAACUUGACCAUGGGCAUGUGGGUCAGCAGGGGCCUCCCCGUUAGCCUGCGCAAGACACUCCACCAGUGCACCCGGUGGAUCAUCGAGUCCGGCCUGCCCGAGUGGAAUCGGCUCAGCAUCAUCCAGCGGGCCAAGCAGAGGAGCCAGACCGGGGCGCAGGGGGCGCAAUCCUUCACCUUCCACACCAUCCGCGUGGAGGACGUGAGCGGCCUCUUCUACCUGAUGGUCGCCUGCUUCUCCAUCUGCCUGCCGGCGGCCAUGUUGGAGCACGUGGCGUUCGCCCUCGGCAGGUGCCGCUGCUGUCGUCGCCGCGUGCACGCUACUUAAACGUGCAGCUAUACGCUCAGUUGCCGCGUACAGCUGGCGCACCCAUCGCACACCUAUCACCACGCGGCGGUGCACUCGCCCUUCUGCCCCAGAAUUGCUUGACGACUACUUUAGAAGAGCGCAUAGAAAGGCACAGAGACGCACACUACUUUGCUUGCUAACUUCAAAUAAAGUUUACAAUAGCUAAAAAUCGUUUACUUGAUCUCUGAAACGGUCUCAACCUACAAUACCUUUCUUGCCUUCUCAAUUUUUUUUCUUUACCAGCCUGCCACUUCUCCUGCAACACUAAGGCUA